AUGUUGCUCUACGGUGUCGCUUUGGCGGCUUUGAUCUCUUCGGCUAAUGCUUUGGACCUUACCGUCGCUAGCAGUGGUGGCAAUGCGACUUCGCCUCUCCAGUAUGGGUUGAUGUUUGAGGACAUCAACUUCUCAGGCGAUGGAGGCAUUUAUGCAGAACUCAUCCGUAACAGAGCAUUCCAGGGCAACACUGUACACCCAUCUAGUCUGCUUGCCUACGGUUCAGUAGGAGGCACGACUCUGUCGUUGAAGAACCUGUCUCAGCCAAUUUCAAGUGCUUUGCCUACCUCGAUGAAUGUCGCCACUGGAAACGCUACAUCUGAUGAAGUCGGUUUCUCAAACACUGGAUACUGGGGUAUUGGUGUCGAGAAGCAAGACUAUACUGGCUCGUUCUGGGUCAAGGGGGCUUAUGAUGGUAGCUUCACGACCUCGUUGAAGUCUGACUUUACCAAUGAGACAUUCGCUACUGCUCAAGUCGUGUCGGCAUCCUCUCCUGACGAGUGGGUCCAGCACAACUUCACCCUCACUCCUGCUUCUGCAGCUCCGAGCUCGAACAACUCGUUCUAUCUCACAUUUGACAAGUCAGGGGUCUCUGGCGACUCCCUUGAUUUUACCUUGAUCAGUCUCUUCCCUCCCACCUACAAGAACAGACCCAAUGGUCUUCGCAAAGAUAUUGCUGAAGCAUUGAAAGAGCUGAACCCAAAGUUCUUGCGCUUCCCUGGUGGUAACAACCUUGAAGGCGAUGAUCCACCGUACCUCUGGUACUGGAACGAAACGAUUGGACCUCUCAAGGACAGACCUGGUCGACCCGGCACUUGGGGCUAUCAAAACACAGACGGUCUGGGUCUCAUCGAGUACCUCCAUUGGUGCGAAGACUUGGAGCUCGAGCCCAUUCUCGCAGUUUGGGAUGGUUUCUACCUUAGCGGGCCUGUGACACCUCAGGAUGAGCUUGGUGUGUGGAUUCAGUUUGCCCUUGACGAACUCGAGUUUUUGAUGGGAUCGACAAGCACCACCUACGGAGCUUUGAGGGCGUCUCUGGGCUACCCGGAGCCAUUCCAGAUCAACUAUGUCGAGAUUGGCAACGAAGAUAAUCUGGGUGGAGGCAAUGCCAGUUAUUCCGCGUACCGUCUGCCGAUGUUCACAAGCGCUAUCAAAGCAGUCUACCCCGACAUGACCAUAAUCGGAUCGACACCUACCGUUGACCCUAUUCCUGAGCACAUCUCUCUUGACUACCACGAAUAUUCCAGACCUGACAAUUUUGUCGAAGAGUUCAAUCUGUUUGAUCACUACAAUAGGAGCCACCCUAUCCUGAUCGGCGAGUACGCGGUCAUCGAGCCAAACAAUGCUACCAUGGCUUCGGUGGAUUGGACGUCAGGAGCGACCAGACUGGCGUUCCCAUCCUGGACAGGCAGUGUUGCCGAAGCAGUCUUCCUCCUUGGAGCCGAACGCAACUCAGACUUUAUCAUUGGCGCAUCGUAUGCACCAACUUUGCAGAACCUAAACAGCUACCAAUGGACACCGGACAUGAUCAGCUUCACGGCAGACCCUACAAAGGAUGUCUUGUCGACCAGUUGGCAUAUGCUUCAACUGCUGGGCAAUCACAUCAUGACCGAGACUCUGCCUGUCAGUGGUGGUAAGUUUGGACCGGCCUACUAUGUGGCUGGAUACAACAACCAGACAGGGUCGCAUAUACUCAAGACAGCGGUUUACAAGGCUACAGCCGAUGUGCCUGUGUCAGUCUCUUUCAAGGGAGUGACUGCUGGCACCACAGCUACAUUGACAGUCUUGACGGCACCAAGUGGUGACAGCUACAAUGCGGUUGGGGCUCAGGUCGUGCAGUCCACAAACACAAGCAUCAAAGCAUCUGCUGGUGGUGUGUUCAAGUUCGAGCUUCCCAAGCUCAGUGUAAGUGUACUGGAGGUGCACGGAAGAGCAACAUACUGGGCGGGCAGCUGGGGUGGACAUCGUGGAGCGUGGGGUCAUGGUGGAUUCGGCGGAUGGACACCUAGCUUUGGCGGAUGGGGCAGCUGGAAAGGCACAGGACACAACAAGCGAGAGUUGCGUCAAGGUUACAAGGAGAUUGUCUUGUAG